AUGAUUCCGCUGCUAAUCACCGAGGACGCCCUCUACCACGCGAGGUCGUUCGCUGGAGUCGCCAUUGCAUUGCACAUUGUAGCGUUUCUGACGUUUGCGGGGAGGAUGUGGACAAGGUCGUUUCCGGUGUUUAGGAUGGCGAUAGAUGAUUAUGUUAUGAUGCUGUCAUAUGCUUUCGUCAUCGUAGACUCGACACUCCUCCUCAAAUGCGUUCCCUUCGUCUUUGGCCGCGACCCGUCGACCUUCACGCUCGCCGAUGGCGAACGCUCCAACAUGUACGCCAUCAUCUCGCAACCCUUCUGGGCGUGGUCCAUGUGCUUCCUCAAGGUGUCCAUCGCACUCAUGCUCCUGCGCCUUGAAACCGCCACCAAGAUGCGCCGCUUCCUCUGGGCAAACAUUGCCUUCCAAAUCCUCCUGGGCUUCUACAACAUGAUCACCCAGCUCCUGCAAUGUAUCCCCCUGCGUGCGGCCUGGGAUCUGCUCAAGCUUACCCAGAACGCGAGAUGCUGGAGCGUCGAUGCCGUCCGUAUCAACGGCGUCGUCGUCUCCUCCAUCAACGUGGCGACGGAUAUCCUCUUCUCCCUCCUGCCCAUCAACUUCCUGCGCAAAGUUCAGCGACCGCUCCGCGAGCGUGUCAUCAUAGGGGUCCUCAUGGCGUUGGGUAUGUUCGCUGGUGGUGCCUCCAUGGUCAAGCUCGUUGCCGGCGCCCGGUUCGGCCGCACCGACGAUCCCACGGCCGAGAGUAUCCGGAUCGGUAUGUGGUCCGUCAUCGAGGGCCUCGUGGGUAUCAUCGCAGCCAAUGUACCCUGCCUGCGGUCGCCUUUCCAGCGUUGUCUGGCCUACUUUGGCCUCGUUUCGACGCACGGCAAGACGGCCUAUGGACGUGGCUAUGGAGAAAUGUACGACGAGUCGUCGCGGAAAAAGUCGACGAUGCACAACCGGACCAAGAAGUCGGAGCUGGGCGGGAGUGCUAGCUCGGCGAGCGCAAUGGGUAUCAGGAUGCAUAGCAUGCGUUCGCCACGGAGCCCGGAUACGCAGAGCGAGGAGAACAUUCUCCCCGCCGAUGGAGGGAAGCAUGAAAUCUGGUGUACGACCGAGGUGUAUUUGCGGGCAGAUGAUAGGAACACGUCGAAAAUGAAGGACAUGGAGAAGGGGGGUUAG